AUGGGGUCGCGGAGGGCCCCCGGCCACGGCUGGGGCUCGGGCGGGCGGGCCGGGGCGGGGGGCGGCGGCGAGGACGACGGGCCCGUGUGGAUCCCCAGCCCCGCCAGCCGCAGCUACCUGCUCAGCGUGCGGCCCGAGACCAGCUUAUCAAGCAACCGGUUGUCUCACCCCAGCUCUGGAAGGAGCACCUUCUGCUCCAUCAUUGCUCAGCUAACAGAGGAGACCCAGCCACUAUUUGAGACCACGCUCAAGUCCCGGGCUGUGUCCGAGGACAGCGACGUCAGAUUCACCUGCAUCGUCACAGGAUACCCAGAGCCAGAGGUGACCUGGUACAAGGAUGACACAGAGCUGGACCGCUACUGUGGCUUGCCAAAAUACGAGAUCACUCAUCAGGGCAACCGCCACACACUGCAACUCUACAGGUGUCGAGAAGAAGAUGCCGCCAUCUACCAGGCCUCUGCCCGGAAUGCCAAGGGCAUUGUGUCCUGCUCAGGGGUCUUGGAGGUGGGCACCAUGACUGAGUACAAGAUCCACCAGCGCUGGUUUGCCAAGCUGAAGCGCAAGGCUGCAGCAAAGAUGCGUGAGAUCGAACAGAGCUGGAAGCACGGGAAGGAGGCCGUGGGAGAGGUGGACACCCUGCGCAAGCUCAGCCCCGACCGUUUCCAGCGAAAGCGGCGGCUGAGCGGAGCUGAGGUGCCAGUCCCCUCGGCCCCCACCCGGGAGGUUGAGGAAGGGACCCCAGUGGCUUGGCAGGAGGGAGAGACGGAGCCUGGUCAGCACUCAGGUUUGGGCCUGAUCAACAGUUUUGCUUCUGGAGAAGUGACCACCAACGGGGAGGCUACCCCUGAGAACGGGGAGGACGGAGAGCAUGGCCUGUUGACAUACAUCUGUGAGGCCAUGGAGCUGGGGCCUCAGAGAGCCCCUAAAAAGGAGUCUGGGGCCAAGAAGAAAAAGAAAGACGAGGAACCUAAGCAAGGUGUGCGAAAGCCAGAGGUAGAGAGGGCAGCUCGAAGCCACCGUUCCUCUGAAAACUAUGUGCCUGGUUCAGAAAAGCCUGACUCCUGUGGGACACAGGGGCCCAUGAACGUGCAGCAGGUUCAGGCCUGGCCCAGAGGCAGGGCUGCACGGGGACCUGGGUCCUCUGGAGCAGAUGGCACCAGGAAGGCAGCCUCUGCUGCGGGCACUCAAGCCCAGGCCCAGAAGGCCCCUGCCCCAGCCCCUGUCCCAGGCCCGCACCAGGAAGUGUAUUUCUCCCUGAAGGACAUGUAUCCGGAGAGCAACCGGGCCCAUAAGCCUCAGGGACAGGAGGAGGCCCAGACCCCCGGGGGCAGGACACCUGGAGAGAUGCCCUCAGGGAAGUUACCCAGCGAAGCUAGAGAUGAGAGGGGCCCUGCUGCCGAUGGCCCGCCCACACCCUCAGCCCCCCAGCAGACUAGGCCCUUCAACAGGAAGAGAUUUGCCCCUCCAAAACCCAAAGGGGAGCCCACCGCCAGCAGCAAGCCUGAUUCUUCCCCGAGUCAAGGUCCAGAACCCGGGGCUCAAAGCUCAGGGAAGGCCCCGCCUCAGGCCUCUGCCCAAGUACCCACACCCCCCGCCCGGCGGAGACACAGCACCCGGGAUAGCCCCCUGCAGGGGCAAGCAGGCCACAGGACUCCAGGAAAGAACCAGGAGUCCCAGGCAACCAUGGCUCCUACCACACUGGCCAGCAGCAACUCUGAUACAGUCUCUGCUGGUUGCAGCACCUCCAGAAGUCAGGGCAUCAUUGAGCCCAUGGACACAGAAACCCAGGAGGAUGGGAGAACAUCUACCGGUCAGAAAACUGGAGGCAAGAAGAAUACAGAGGUGGAUAGGAAGAUGCAGGUGGAUGGGAGGACGCAGGGAGACAGAACACAAACCACCCAGAGGACACAGGCAGAUAGGAAGACACAGGUGGAUGUUGUGACACAAGAAAGUGAGAGGUCAGAGUCAGACAGGAAUUCCCAGGAGGAUGUGAUGGCACAAGGAAGGGUGGGGACCCAGGCAGAUGAGAGGACACAGGAAGACAGAAGGGUGCAGGAAGACCAGGCGAUGUGGUCAGAGGGGAGCAUUCCCACAGCUAAGAAAGGUUGGUCAGAGAAGGCGUCUGUGGCCAGUCUCAGCCCACAGUCCAGGGCCCCCAAACACCCACCUUUGGAGGAUCCUAGGUCUCCUCAGAUUAUUGAAUGCUUUGAACAGACCCCAGAAGAGUCCUCUGUCCCAGACAAACCUGGUUUUAUGCUCAGAUCUGAUGAGGCAGCAGGAACAGCCUCCGGGAACCGUGAGGAAACGGUGCCGGGUCCCCUGGCAGGGGGCCUCACACUCCAGGCACAGCUGCCUCUUGAGGGUAGUUUGGAGCAGGUGGGAGGAGAGAGAUGUCGAGGGCCAGAGUGGCCAGGUCCAGUUAAGAACAAGCCACAGGAGGGCCUGUUCCAAGGCCCCAAGGGGGAACAGCUGGGAGAAGUGCCGUCUGUGGAUCUGGGUGGCUGUCCUCCAGGAGGCCUGAGCCCAGAGGUGCCCACUCCGCCCUCUCUUCCUGGGGCUGGCCUGAUUGAUAAUUCACAGGAGGGGCUGCCCAGCGCCCCAGCUUCUCAGCACAUGAGUACAGCUGCCUUCCCGCCCUCUGGGGACCAGGCCUUGCUGAGUUCUGCCCUCCCAGUGCACCUGGGGCUGGGGACCCCCAGCCAGAGUCACCCACCAGAAACCAUGGCAGCAAACAGUGAGGGGGCCUGCGCCAAGGUGCCAGAUGUGGAAGGGAGGACUUCUGGUCCCCGGACCUGUGACCCGGGCCUCAUAGAUUCCCUGAAGAACUACUUGCUCCUGCUGCUAAAGCUAUCCAGCUCAGAGACGAGUGGAGGGGGCCCAGAGUCCCAGGGGGACGCUGCCACUGGGAUUCCGGUGCCCUCGCCCACCCUGGCCCCCACCGUGGAAGUGGCUGGUCUGAGCCCCCGGACGUCACGGCGCAUCCUGGAGCGCGUGGAGAAUGACCAUCUGGUGCAGAGCGCGCAGACCCUGCUGCUGAGCCCCUGCACCUCCCGCCGCCUCACCGGCCUCCUGGACCGCGAGGUGCAGGCUGGCCGUCAGGCCCUGGCUGCUGCCCGGCGCCCUGGCCCCAGCCCUCUCUCCGUCCCUGCCAUCGUGGUAGGCGAGGAGGAAGGCCCUGGCUUAGCCUCAGAAGGAUCCAGUGAGGGUGAGGGGGAGGUUUCCCUUGAGGGCCCUGGCCUGCUGGGGACCUCCCAGGAGAGCAGGGAGAGCGGCUUGGGUGGGCCGCUGGGGGAGGUGGGUGGGCAGGCAGCCCCUGGGCAGGGACGGCUGUCAGCAGAGAGCAGAGCCCAGGAACCCUUCCGAGAGGAGGAGGUCCCAGGGGAGGCUCUGAUAGAUCUCCCCGCAGCUACGCCCGAGGAACUGGCUCUGGGGGCCCGGAGGAAGAGGUUUCUCCCUAAGGUCAGAGCAGCAGGAGAUGGGGAGCCAACCAAGCCCGAAGAAAGGGAGAGCCCCUCGGUUUCCCCCCGGGGGCCCAGGAAGGGCCUUGCACCAGGAUCCCCGGGGACUCCAGGGCGGGAGAAACGCUCCCCUACUCAGGGCAGAAAGGCAGGCAUGCUGGAGGUGCCGCGGGCAGAGGAGGAGUUGGCAGCAGGAGACCUGGGCUGCAGCCCCAAAGCCAGUGGUGUGGAUGCAGAGCUGACCCUGGAUGAAGGCAAGCAGGAUACUCUAGCCAAGCCGAAGAAAGCCAAAGACCUGCUAAAAGCCCCACAGGUGAUCCGGAAGAUUCGGGUGGAGCAGUUUCCUGAUGCCUCGGGCAGCCUGAAGCUCUGGUGCCAGUUUUUCAACAUUCUUAGUGACUCAGUCUUGACAUGGGCCAAGGAUCAGUGCCCAGUGGGCGAGGUGGCCAGGAGUGCAGGGGACGAGGGGCCCGCGGCCCUGGCCGUCGUGCAGGCGUCGCCGGUAGACUGCGGUGUGUAUCGCUGUACCAUCGACAACGAGCACGGCUCGGCCUCCACUGACUUCUGCCUCAGCUCCGAGGUGCUGUCAGGAUUCAUCUCCAGAGAAGAAGGUCAAGUUGGAGAAGAGAUUGAGAUGACCCCCAUGGUGUUUGCUAAGGGUCUGGCUGACUCUGGCUGCUGGGGGGACAAGCUCUUUGGACGCCUGGUGAGCGAGGAGCUACGAGGGGGUGGACACGGGUGUGGGCUUCGGAAGGCCUCCCAGGCCAAGGUCAUCUACGGGCUGGAGCCCAUCUUCGAGUCAGGCCGCACGUGCAUCAUCAAGGUGUCCAGCCUGCUUGUGUUUGGGCCCAGCAGUGAGACUUCUCUCCUGGGCAGAAACUAUGACGUCACCAUCCAGGGGUGCAAGAUCCAGAACAUGAGUCGAGAGUACUGCAAAAUCUUUGCAGCCGAAGCCCGGGCUGCACCUGGCUUUGGGGAGGUGCCUGAGAUCAUCCCGCUGUAUCUGAUCUACCGGCCUGCAAACAAUAUCCCGUAUGCUACCCUGGAGGAGGACCUGGGCAAGCCCCUGGAGCCUUACUGUUCCCGGGCAUGGGGCUUUGCUGCGGCUCCAGCAGCAUCGAGCAGCUCGAAGGCCAUGCAGAAAUGCCAGACCUUCCAGCACUGGCUGUACCUGUGGACAAACGGCAGCUUCCUUGUCACGGAUUUGGCAGGGGUUGACUGGAAAAUGACUGAUGUGCAGAUUGCUACCAAACUGCGAGGAUACCAAGGCCUCAAGGAGAGCUGUUUCCCUGCCCUGCUGGACCAGUUUGCCUCCUCCCACCAGUGCAACACCUUCUGUGAGAUGCUGGGGCUAAAACCUCUCAAGAGCCCUGAGGCUGCCCACCCCCAAGCCAAGGCCAAAGGCUCCAAGAGUCCGUCUACUGGCAGGAAGGGCCCCCAACUGAGUCCUCAGCCCCAGAAGAAAGGCCCCCCCAGUCCCCAGGGCACCCGGAAGAGUGCCCCAAGCUCCAAGGCCACCCCUCAGUCCUCAGAGGCAGUCGCCACCCAGGUAUUGGGACAGCCUCCCAUCCAAGAGGGGGGCUUCAAGGCCCAGGGCAUGCGGUAGCCCCCCCAGGAGGCUGGGGGCCUCCACCCAGCAGCAGACCAACGAGGAAGCAGCUCAAACCGACGGCGACGUUCCCAGUACAGAACUAAGGAACUAACCGGAGCAGGCGUGCUGAGCAGGCACCGCUCGGGGCCUCUCCGAGCAGCCUCUCCUCACUCAGCUCCUCAUCCGAUGCUUGGUGCACGGCACCCAGCCCGGUGGCCUCUCCUGGUGCCGUCAUCACCAGGGCUCCCAGGCCCCACCUCCCAGUGCCUGGCAGCCUGGCCCUCCUUGACGUUUACACUGGCCACUGCUGGAGGCUCCCUGAGUCCUCUGCAUGAGUUCUGCAACCCACCCCUUGCCUGGGGCCCUGCCGUGAAUGUUGUACUCUGGGGACACACAGGCCAGCACCUACCCUUUUCCCUUUGCUUGGCCCUGAUGGCUCCCUGUCCUCAGGGCUCCAAACUUCCUCUGCUGCGGCUGGCCUGGUGAUCCUCAGGGUGUCUUUUCCUUCAGCCAUUUUGCCUUAUUCAUCCCAGCUUAUCUUGCAACUAACCUGUCCCUGAGCCCAAAUGGGGCUCAGGGCCCUUCCAGAGCCUGUCAUACCCUUGUGCAGUGGUCUUUGGUGAUGUGUGUCUGUGCUCUUGCUUCCCCAUCACUCAGGCACUCACUCACCUGCAUCCCCUAUCCCUGGCUUUGAGCCCAGUUGCAGCCUGUUGCCUGCCCUUCACUGGCUUCUAUUUGUCCCCCUGCCUGGGGGCUUGUCUAGCUGACCCCCCCCCCCCCGCCCACCUACCAUACCUAGGUGGAGAGCAGCCUCUCUGGCCUCUCAGCCCACCCCAGGACACGCCUCCUCUAAUUCUCCCAGGCCCUCUGCCCUUGAGGUGAGAGCUGGCGUGAGGCUUGCCAUUAGCAGCUGUGGCCAGAGGGAAGGUGUUGACUUUGUGGGACCUUGUGCUACAUACUGAAAGGAGGGGGGGUCACAGUGAAUUUCACAUCCCCUCUUGACCAGGGAUAGAGGGCUGGGACUCUUCUCCAGAGGGAGUACACAUGGGAGUUGUAGGAAGAAUGCAAUCCACCCACGUGCGGGGUGGAGGAGCGUCUCUGUGCCUGGGAAUUAGGACCCCUUCCCCUAACCGUUAGCUCUUGCUCCUGGGGCUCCAGCUCUGGGCCUCAUUAUAGGCUCCCAAGGAAUUGCUGUGCUUGGCACUUCUUGAGAGCCCUUCCUUGAGGCCUGGGGUGGGGUGGGUUUGGAGCUAGCCUGCUCCCCUUGGAAUGCAAUAAAGGCAGCAACUGUAUAUCCUGCUCGCCCUCAUCUGGUGUGGUUGUAGGUAUAUGGGGUCAGGGUCCCCUCUUCCCAGGCAGGUUCUCUGAGGGCGUCCUACAGUCCCUGUACCCACUGGAAAAACGAAUCCAUGUUUUGGCUCCUGGAUUGACAUUCAGUCUUAGCCUUCCAUGGCCACAGCUAGACAGUCUGUCCUUCUUGUACUACUGGGAUGAUGGCUAUGCCACUUAGCACGAGGGUGCUGAGGCCUUUGGAAUUGCUCCUUCGCUUGGAAGAGGAACACAAAGGAAGGAACCCAGGAAGGAAGAGCAGAGCUGGGACUCUGGGGAAACGCCUAGUGUAUCUGGCUGCCUUCACUGUGGCAAGACCAGCCCAGGGGAGACCAGCACCUGCCUCUCAGCUACUUACUGACUGUUUCCUGCCUCUCAAGCUGCAGAGGCUUCUCGUCUCCGCCCCACCCCGCCACCCAGGCCUUUCCUUGCCUGAUCUUUAACUGCCUCUGUUUGAUGUUUCUGACUUCUCUACCUCCUCUUGUGCUCAGGUGACUCUCCCCACUUUUUCCUCUUGCCCCAGUGUGCCCCCAGCUCUCCAAGCCUGCACAUCCAGAUUUCCUUGGUGAACCGAGAGCUGGAAUAUUGUUGAUUUAUUUAUUCAUUCAUCCAUUCACUUAGCAGACAUACUGAGCAGACUUACUUUAUGCCAGACCCCGAGCUGACUGCUAUAUGAGGUGGUCUCAAAGGAGACACUUUCCGUUAGGUUUCUUGGGUUUUAAGCAACAGAAAUGGACUUGGACCAACUUAAGCAAGGAAAAAGGGUUCAUGGGAAGGGUGUUGGGGGGUAGUUCACAGAACCAAAGGAAUAGAUGAACAAUUAGCCUUUAGAAAGGCAGGAGCCAGGGUAGCUCCAGAGCUUGCCUCCCAGGAACGGUUGCCGUUGGCUCCAGUGGGUCUACCACCACUCAAGAUUCAGAUUCCUGUCCUGGAGCUCAGGGCAUCAUGGAGUGGGAGAGAGAGGCAGUUUUGCAAAGGGUGGAGAUUCUUACCAGAAGAAUGAUAGAGGGUGGGAGGGUAGAAAGGGCUUGGUAGGCACCACAGAAGAUUCCCACCCCCCCCGCCCCCGCCACACACACACCCUUCUUCCCAUCUGAUGUAUUACGACUCUGUCACACACAAUCAAAAGCAAAUCUCUCUCUGCUUGGGGAGACCAUUCAAGGUCAUAGCCAAUGACCAAGUCCAGGGGUAAUGACCAGGGCUACCAUUCUCCAAAGUCCAGUGUCAUUAAUGAUACUCUUCCCUCUUUUAUCACAAUCUCAUUUUGAAAUUCUGCAACCUGUGGAAAUUAUAUAACCCAGGAAGAAGGGAAGUAUGAGUAAAGGUUACAGUCCAUUUCUACAGCUGGUCGUGAGAACUAGUAUUUAUGACUAGUGAUUUUUUGCCUGUUGGAGUGAUCCAGAUCUUUGGUUCCAAAGUCUGGUUCUUUAUCGGUUCUGCCUGUGAGGCAGGAAUUAGCCACUGGACAUGGCAGUACGAGGAAGCACUUUAGGAAUCCCCCACAUCCAUCUGUACCCUACCCCCUUUUAAGUAGCCACAAUCGUAUUUUCCCUUCAUGGUGUUAAUCACCCUAGAUAUUCCUAUGUGUCACUAGAUAUAUGCCUAUCCUAGCUAUACUCCUAUCCUAGCUGUGUGUUGCUCAGAGGUACAAGAAACAUGAGAUGGCCAGGUGCCUAGACUUCUAAUUCACUUGAAUCAUUGCUAUGAAUUUUUGAAGAUAUGUUUCCUUGGGAACUAAAGCCUCUACACCAGUCUGGUCCUAAACAUCAGGUAUGAGGGACUUCCCUGGUGGCUCAGUGGUAAAGAAUCUACCUGCCAAUGCAGGGGACACAGGUUUGAGCCCUGGGCCAGGAAGAUCCCAUGUGCCAUGGAGCAACUAAGCCUGUGUACCACAACUGCUGAGCCUGUGUGCCACAACUACUGAAGCCCUUGCGCCUAGAGCCCGUGCUCUGCAACAAGAGAAGCCACUGCAAUGAGAAGCCUGUGCACCGCAACAAAGAGUAGCCCCCACUUGCCGCAACUAGAGAAAGCUCGUGUGCAGCAACAAUGACCCAACGCAGCCAAAAGUAAAUAAAUUAAUUAACUAACUUAAAAAAUAAAUAAACAUCAGGUAUGAGAAAAGCAUUGAGAUGUAGUGAUAGCAUGCCCCUCUUCACCCUGCUUCCUAGCCUGUAGGAGAAAUAGCACCAUAAAUUGGUUGCCGGUUUGGUGCUUAUGUUACAUCUUGCAGGACUUACCCAGUCUUGCAAGGUAUUGUUUUCAGCUGGUGCUGUAGCUGAGUUUUCAACUAACCAUUUCACCAUAUUAUCAAGCUAACUGUUUCUAGACUGCGGGGGUCCUGACAAGAUGAGCAAAUGCCAUAGGCAUCAACCCAUUACUUUGCUGUAAAGUGCAUUCUCUGGUUGAAUGCAAUACGUGGGGAUACAAAAAGACGUUUACAAACAUUUGAUAAUUCCAUGGACUUUGAUGGGAGAGGCGUGAUGUGUAAGGAAAGCAAAUCCAAAUCCAGAAGAAGGGCCCAUAAUGGUCAAGAUAAGUUCCUGCCCUGCUAAAGCCAUAGCAUAGGUGUAGACUGCGGCGAGCUCAGCCCAAGGGCAGGAGCAGGCAUCGUGGGAGAGUGAGAGUGUGUGACCCCCACACGUGGAUUUCCUGUGCCCAGAGCCCUAUCCACCUAAUGAUGGUGGCCGUGCCUGACUAUGGUUGGGUGGAUCAGACAACCGCUGCUCAUAAGGGCCAGCGUGGCCACCUGGUAUGCUGCAGCCAAGCAGAUAGACCCCUCCAGAGCUGAGUGGCAAGUCAGGGGGCUGUGUCUCAAAAGGAUAGGAGUUACUUGUUGGCCAGAUUCACUUGGUUCCAAACUCUGGGUUCUCCUGCCAUAUUUUUUAAACCAAGACUUGCCACGAGCUCCAUACAGCACUCUGCUCUGCCUCAGCCUCCACGUGGCUCCCCAGUAUGCCACAGACAGAUCCCUCAAGCAUCGCUGGCUCUGCCAGGUCACGUGGCCUGGCGGUAGACUCAUUUGUGCUAAAGGCUUCUCCUGCUGGAGAGCCUUCACUUGCUCUGGGCCCAGCUCAAAGCUGGCAGUCUCUGGGUCAGUCAGUACAUGGGUUGGAGCAAGAUGCCCCAAACUGACAUUUUUGCCUGGAAUUGGGCCUUAGGGGUAAGGAAUUCAAAAUGUAGGAGUUUGUUCUACGUUAAAGGGGGAAUUAUUCUGACCUCAACAGACCCCUCGAUCCCCAGGAACUUUAUCAAGGAAACACACGCUUAUUCCCACCUCUGACCUACACAUAUAUGUCUCACCAGAGCAUCUAGGGAAACCACUGAUCUCCAGACCCCACCAGCACGAGGCCAUCAGCGUGCUGGAACACUGCAGUGCUGAGGUCGAGGUCCCUGCGAGGCAGGUUGUGGCACAGAGCUGGACAGCUAAGAUGAUGUAUAUCUUCAGGCAGGACAGCAAUGGAGUACUGCUGCCCUGCCCGCUGAAGACAAAUUGCUUCUCUUGUCCUUUGCUCAUGAAAAUCGAUGGGAAAAAAUGAACACGCUAGAUCAAAGGGUUCAUGCCAAAUGCCAAGAGCUGGAUGAAGGUGCUUUAGCAAGAAGACCAUUUCUGGAACAGACCUGCAACUGGAGUCAUCACGUUUUCAAGUUUCCAGCAAUCCAAAGACCUCCUGAUGUUUUGCACUGGCCAGGCUGAGCUGUGGUGGGAAUCACUGUGACUUCACUCUCAAAUCUGAUAGUAACACUAAUUUCUACAAUUCCCCCACGAAUACCACGUCACUUUUGAUUUACCAUUUUGGUAGGGAGGGAGAAUUCUGAUGGCUUGUGCAUCUUCUACCCUACGAUAGUCACUCUUACCCCACUAAUCAGAGCCAUUGUGGGGGUUAUUCCUGUUUCAGAAUAUAUCCAUUUCAACUGUACACUCAAAAUAACCCUUUGGCUUUGAUAUUCCACUGGGUCUACUGUGGUGUGAAAUUUAGUCUAUGGAACACCUCUACGGACUGGCAGAACCCCAUGCUUUCCUACUGUCCCCAGACACUGGACUUCACUUGCAGCCAGUGUCCUACAGAACCCCUCUCCCAAGUCUGAGUAUUUUCCUUUCCUUUCUGUUCCCAGAUAAGUGAACACAGAUCCCUUUGGGGAAGGCUGCAAGGAGGGUUCACAGUAUGUAUCUAAGUGUUAAAAUAAGGUUUUUCUUCAAAGAUAUUUGGCUUCGUCUCCACGGAAAGCCUGGAAAUUAAGUGGGAGAUUUUGGCAGCAGACCUCUUCGCCCAACCAGAAGCCUUUAGUUAUGGUAAUAACUAGGUGAUAUCUUCGGCACUGUCUGGUCUUGUUCACGCCUGGGGCUCAAUGAUUGAUUAACCACAGCUGGGGGUCUGGUUUCCAUGCCCACGUCCAUUAUGAUGACUUCUCUACUGUGUUCCUGUGUCUGUCUCUGCUGCUGAGAUCGGGGAGUUCAUUUUCAUAGGAGCUCUUCCAACCAGCGUUCCAGGCCUAGAGCGGAAAGCCAGCAGAGCCUCGCCAAUUUCUCACGGCAGGAAGAGGGUGAGACCAUCUUCUGGGUCCUGCAGAGGACCGUGAGAGGGUAGAUGGGCUGGAUGCAGGCCAGGGACCCAAUAAAGCAUCCUUGUUUCCUGAAAUCUGUGAGUUCCUGCCUUUCUUGGCUUUUUGGUCUUUUGUUAUAAUUUAGCAUGAGUCAGUGUUUAGUCCAGAUUUGUGUUAUCCACACACCCCUACCCAAACGGUAAGAACUGUAUCUGGCUGUUUGAGCUUCUGUAGAAUCUCUGGUGAGUGAGAACAUAUCAAUAAACAAC